GUAGGCGCUAAGCGAGCAGUAUGGCGGACGAUGGAGACAGUUCGAGCGGACCAGUGGACGCCAGCGGCGGGCAAGGGGCAGCGGAGGAGUCGGACGGGCUGGGCCUCGGCGGGAUGUUGCUGAAUAUCGGCUUUCUGGUUGUGGUGGUGGCGGUGUGUCUGGCGGCGUACCGGCGGUGGGGCAGGCGGCUCGGCUCCGACGCGGCCCAGGGCGACGCGGCCUCGGCGCUUCCCAAGAUGCGGAGACGGGACUUCAGUCUGGAGCAGCUGCGGGAGUACGACGGGCUCCAGAACCCCCGCAUCCUCAUGGCCGUCAACAUGAAGGUGUUCGACGUGACCAGCGGCAGAAAGUUUUACGGAAAAGAUGGUCCUUACGGCAUUUUCGCGGGCCGGGAUGCCUCGAGAGGCCUGGCCACCUUCUGCCUGGAGAAAGACGCCCUGAGGGACGAGUACGACGACCUGUCGGACCUGAACGCCGUGCAGAUGGAGAGCGUCCGGGAGUGGGAGAUGCAGUUCAUGGAAAAAUACGACUACGUGGGGCGGUUGCUGAAGCCCGGGGACGAGCCGUCGGAGUACACGGACGAGGAGGACAUCAAGGACCACCUGAAGCACGACUGAGCGGCUCCACCACACCGACCAAAGCCGGGAGCGCCGGACCGGCCCCACACCCGCCCCCCCUCCCCCUCCUGCCCCGCCCCCGCCCACACCACUCCCCCACAGACUGUCCGGUGCCGCGGCCGUUCGGACGGACGA